AUGCAAAAGGCUAUUGUCUCCUUCAGUCUGUUCAUUCGUGAUUCGGUCUGUUUAUUCGUGAUUCAUAAUCACCGGUUUGACCAGUUUUUAGGCAUAAAGGCAGCUCCGAGUCCUACUUCCUACAUACCAGACCAUCUAAAUCUACACGGGCUGUUCGGCAUUGACAGGGAGAAGAUCAACCAGUAUAUCAACAGCCUACCUCAAGCUCCCCCUGGCCCUGCAGCUGGUACUGCAGGUGGUACAACAGGUGGUUACCAGAACCAGGACCAGACCAGACAGAACCAGGACCAAACUGGUCCAACAGGCACAGAGUACAGCCGGCCCAGGGACCCAGCAGUGAACUACGAUUGUCCCAUCUGUCUGGAUAGAGCCAAGUUAGCCACAGAAACCAACUGUGGACAUGUCUUCUGUGGCCCAUGUAUCCUGACAUACUGGAACAGAGCAACCAGACCUGUUAAAUGUCCCUAUUGCAGACAGUCUGUCACUCUACUGAUGAAGUGUUUUAGUGAAGAGGAUCUCCGCUCUCCAGACCAGGAGUCUGUCAGUCAACAAGUCAGCCAGUAUAACAGGGCAUUCCUGGAGGAGCCAAGAGGGUUUAUCACCUCUGUGCGUGACCUGCCCACCAUCCUGCGCCACGUGUGGGGAGACAUGUUCACAGUGGGGGGACUCUUCACUCUCCUCACCUGGGAGCGCAUGCCUGUCUAUCUCCUCACCUGUGUGUUCUACCUGGCCUCACCUAUCGACCUACUCCCUGAGAUGUUCUUUGGGCCACUUGGUCUCCUUGAUGAUGCCUACGUUGUCAUACGCCUGCUGAUUUAUGUGUCCAACGUCUAUAGAAGAAUUGUAGCAGAAAUUGAAGUUGACUAAUAAUGUUGAAUCAUUUUAUAAGCUAUUAGUUAUGUUGGGACAACUGUUUGUUUCACCUUCAAUGCAUGCAAAGGUAGAGUAUUACUUGUAUCUUAUUUAAGGUUUUUUUUUAGUUGAUAGUCUGCGAAUAUUUAUUGGUGAGAAAAAAUGCAGGAAAUGCUUCAGCUUUUGCCUUUUCAAGGAUUUUUGUCUGAAAAUAGUCAACACUAAGGAGCUCACAAGAAUUGUGAAACAAAGUGAGUAUAGCCUACAGAUAUGCAUUUAUUGAUGUACAUUUCCUGCUAUUCACCUAUUAGUUACUUCUGGAAUGUCUCUGUUGCUAUACAUAAUGUAUGAACAAAAUGGUCCGUAUUUAUCUUCAGCCUUCUUUUUUUAUUCUGAACAGUAAAGUACAU